AUGAUUGAAAACAUGGGAAAGGCUUCAGAGAAGCUUUCUGAAAAUAGUAAAGUAUUAGUUUCCAUGGCUAAGGAAAACAUACCACCAAACAGUCAACAGACCAAGGGGUCCUUAGGAAUUGACUAUGGAUUAAGUUUGCCCCUUGGGGAAGACUAUGAACGGAAGAAACAUAAAUUAAAAGAAGAAUUGCGCCAAGAUUAUAGACGUUAUCUUACUCAGGGCAUUACCCAAGCAAAAAGAAAGAAAAAUUUUCUAACCACGGGUGAAACAGACCUAUCUACUCUGGGAGUGUCUCUUCCUAUUGGUGAGAGGUUAUCUGCCAAGGAAAGGUUGAAACUUGAACGCAAUAAAGAAUACAAUCAGUUUCUCAGGGUUAAGGAAGAAUCCAGUGAAAAGAUCAGACAGGUAGAAAAGAGUACUGAGAGUCAAAGAAGUAAAAAUCCUAUUAGUCAAGUUAAGCCUGUUCUACCUUCACAAAUACAAACAUCUUGCACAAAUUCAGAAGCUCAUAGGAGAGAUGGUCUAACCGCUUCAGAGGCAUAUGAAGAACUUCUAAACCAAAGACGACUAGAAGAAGACAGAUACCGGCAACAGGAUGACGAAAUUGAGUUAAGAAAUAGAAGAGUUACUAAAAAAACGAAUGAAGGAUUGGGCAUUUCCAGUACAAAACAUCAAAGGUUUGCCAACAAGGCUUGUGUGCCAGAAAGAACAUCGCGAAGAUUUAAUGAGGAUCGUGUUUUUGACAAACAAUAUUCUAGAGCAGAUCAAGAUCCUGAAGUAAGUGAAGAAAUGGACGAGAGGUUUAGAUUUGAAAGUGAUUUUGAUAGAAGAUUUAUGAGAGUGUAUACAAAUGACAGGAUUCAUGGAAACAGACGAGGGUAUAUGACUCCUAUGGAGAAUGAUGAUGAUGUUACAGAGCAGUCAAACAUACGAAUUUCAUCUGCUGGAAAUAAAAGUGCUCGGGAUAAUGAGCCAUCCACGUCUGCUAAUCAAGAUAUCUGUAGUCCUUUUGCGGGGAUGCUCUUUGGAGGUGAAGAUCGAGAACUCAUUCAGAGAAGGAAAGAGAAAUAUAGACAAGAACUGUUGGAACAAAUGGCUGAGCAACAGAAGAACAAGAGACGAGAAAAAGAUUUAGAACUCACAGUUGCAGCUUCUGGAGUACAAGACCCUGAAAAAUCGCCCGAUAGACUAAAGCAGUUUAGUACAGCACCAAGACAACGUGAAGAUAAGAUACCACCUGAGAGACCCAGAGUAGCUUUCCAGACACCUCUCCCUCCUUUAUCUGCCUCAUCUAUUCCACCCAUCCCAUCAACUCAUUCUGUCCUUUCUCAAAAUGAAGAUUUGCCUAGUGGACUCCACAGCACUCUUGGUGAAAUGGUGCCUCCCAGGAUUGCACCUCUGCCUCCACCUCCCCUACUACCAUCUAUGGCUACUAACUAUCGAACUCCUUAUGAUGAUGCAUACUAUUUUUAUGGUGCCAGAAAUACUUUGGAUCCCAGUUUUGCUUAUUAUGAUUCAAGAAUGAUGGGAGGACAACCUGUAGCUUAUGCCCCUGUCACACAUCAACUAGCACAACCUAUUGUGAAUACAGUUGGACAGAAUGAACUGAAAACUACAAAUGAUAGGACAAUGAAUUCUGGACUGUUAUUUGAAGAUAAACCAAAACCUUCCAAACAGUCCCUUCAGUCGUAUCAAGAAGCUUUACAGCAGCAGAUUCUAGAGAGAGAAGAAAGAAGGAAAAAAGAACGUGAAGAAAAAGAAGAGUAUGAAGCUAAGUUGGAAGCUGAAAUGAGAAUUUACAACCCUUGGGGAAAAGGUGGAGGUGGUGCGCCUCUCAGGGAUGCAAAAGGAAAUCUGAUAACUGAUUUGAAUAGGAUGCACAGACAAAAUAUAGAUGCCUACCAUAACCCAGAUGCAAGAACAUAUGAAGAUAAAAGGGCUGUUGUAUCUCUAGACCAAAAUUUAGCCACUUCAAAUGCUGAGAACCUACAAGAUUCUACAAAUAAAAACUCAGGUCAUAUGCAAACACAGAGCUCUCCUUUUGCUCGGGGAAAUAUAUUUGGUGAACCUCCAACUGAACUUCAGAUUAAACAGCAAGAAUUGUAUAAGAAUUUUCUUCGUUUUCAGAUAGAGGAAAAGAAACAAAGAGAGGAAGCAGAGCGGGAGAGACUAAGAAUUGCAGAAGAAAAAGAAGAAAAACGGCUUGCAGAACAGAGAGCACGAAUCCAACAAGAAUAUGAAGAAGAACAGGAAAAGAAAAGGGAGAAAGAAGAGGAGCAAAGGAUAAAAAAUGAAGAGCUCAUUCGGUUAGCUGAAGAAAGACGAAAAGAAGCAGAAAGAAAGAAGAAAGAAGAAGAAGAAAAACAUAACUUGCAACUUCAACACUAUUAUGAAAGAGAAAAUAUUAUUGGAGAUGAAACAAAGCACUUAAGACAACCUUCCCCUAUAGUUCCUGCUCUUCAGAACAAAAUUGCAAGCAAGUUGCAAAGACCUCCAUCUGUGGACAGCAUCAUAAGUUCCUUUAUUAAUGAAAGUUUGGUGUCCAGGGCUCAGUCUCCACCAGUACCUGCAAGGAAAAAUCAGCUUCGUGCAGAAGAGGAGAAAAAAAAUGUAAUUAUGGAAUUAUCAGAAAUGAGGAAACAGCUUCGAAGUGAAGAGAGGCGUUUACAAGGGCAGUUGCUUCACAUGGACAGUGAUGAGGAAAUUCAUAUAAGGAAAAAAGAAAGGAAUCCUAUGGAUAUAUUUGACAUGGCCAGACAUCGGGUCCAAGCUCCUUUCAGAAGACAAUCACCUAAGGGCUUAGAUACUACCACUUUUCAGAAUAUUCAUGAUUUUAAUGAGCUUAAAGAUAGAGAUUCAGAAACACGAGUUGAUCUGAAAUUUAUGUACCCAGAUCCUCCAAGAGAUCAACAUACCUUAGAGAUUCAGCAGCAAGCCUUGCUGAGAGAGCAGCAGAAGAGGCUAAAUAGAUUAAAAAUACAGGAAGAUGCUGAAGUUGACUUAGAUGUUAUCCCAAGGGCUAAAGUUCGAGGGCACAGAAUGUCUAGAGCUGACACUACUGACUUUUUGAAAAAUUCAUUGUUGGAAUCUGAUAGUGCUUUUAUUGGUGCUUAUGGUGAAACAUACCCUGCCAUUGAAGAUGAUGCCCUCCCUCUACUGUCACAGCUACCCUCUGCAAGGGAACGGAGGAGGAACAAAUUGAAAGGACUGGACUUGGAUAAUAGUCGUUCUGAUAUACUACUACCAGAUGGUCUUUCUUUAAAAUCUGUCUCCAGUGUCAAUGUUGAUCAGCUUAGAAUGAGAAAUGAGGAACGAAUGCGAAAACUAAAUGAACUUCAGAAUAAACCCAUUAAUACAGAUGAUGAGAGCUCACUAGCUGACCCUGAUGACAUUAUGAAACACAUGGGUGAUGAUGGAUCAGCCUCUGUAGCAACUGAGCCCUGGCUCCGCCCUGGCACCUCAGAAACUCUGAAACACUUCAUGGCAGAGCAGCUUCACCAGGAGCAGCAGCAGGUUCCAGGAAAACCAGGGACUUUCACUUGGCAGGGUCUGUCUACAGCACAUGGUUAAAUAAAUAUUCACUGGACUUAAUAGUGCCUUUUAAGGUGAAUGGAAUGUUAAAUCUGUACCUUUUAAAU